AUGAAAAUUUUAUUGUUGAUUUUUAUUCAAGGUUGCCUAUCUUCAGCAAAUCUCAGCGAUACUGAUGCCUCAUGAUCGAUAUUAGGCUUUACAGGCUAUGCUGGAGAAAUUGUCAUAAAUAAUCUUACAGGCUCAUCACUAUUUUAUUGGCUAUUUCAAUCAGCAAACGGAAACAUUUUUACAGACAAAUUGCCAAUUAUUUUAUGACUGCAAGGAGGCCCAGGGUGUUCUGGAGAAAGUGGAAUGCUAAAUGAGAAAGUAGGUCCUUUUUUGAUUAAUAGCAAUACCCAGCCUAUUAUAAACCCUGACACUUGAAUUAGCAGUUUUCACGUAAUUUCAGUUGACUAUCCCUUAGGUGCUGGGUUUUCCUUUGCAAAUGCUGCUUAUGAUAUGAAAAACACGACAAUCCAAGCUUCUGCUUAUUUAUAUAACUUCUUGGUCAAGCUAAGCAAAAAAUACCCGACUUGGUUUAAUAGAGAUCUAUAUAUUUUUGGAGACAGCUAUGCUGGGCACUGGAUUCCUGGGAUAGCUUAUACAAUUUUAAUGAAUAAUCGCUCACCAAGUCCCCAGGCAGCAUUCCAAUUAAAAGGAAUUGGUAUAGGAGACCCUUGAAUAGAAGCAUACACCCAAGACCAAUACUAUUCCGACUAUGCUUAUCAGUCAGGUCUGAUAGAUCAAGAAGAAUUAAAAAUCAUUCAAACCCUCGAAAAUGAGCUAGUAGCCCAAUUAACCUCAGAAAACUACGACCAAGCUAGUACCCUUCAUGACAAUAUUCUAGGAAAUAUUGUAAAUUAUGCUGGAAACGUAAAUGUUAUGAAUUUAAGAUGCUAUAAUAAUUGUUAUGAUUUAGGAAAAAUCCCUGAAUGGAUGAAUUUAGCUUCAACAAAAAAUAUGCUGCAUGCGCCGAUGGAUAUUGUAUGGCAGGACUGUAAUGGAGCUUUGGGAAAUGCUUGAACUGAAGAUACUAUGACAUCUAUGGCUAGUUAUUUUCCAUUAAUUCUUGACAAUGUAAAAGUGCUGAUUUAUAAUGGUCAAGAUGACCUAUUAGUUAAUUCAAUGGGAACACAAGCUUUGCUUGCGAAACUCAAUUGGCCAUAUAUUCAAGAGUUUUUCAAUGCUUAUAAAAUAAUAUGAAAAGUAAAUGGAGAAGUAGCAGGAUAUGUGACUAAUUAUAAUAAUUUAAGCUUUGUGCUGGUUUUGAAAGCUGGACAUUUAAUGUCACAUGAUCAGCCCCAUAUUGCAAAAGAUAUGGUGUAUCGGUUUAUCAAUAACGAAGGGUGGCAAUAA